CUCAAAAAAGAACGCCGGCGGACGGAACUUUGUUUUAAUUUAAAUCUAAAGAAUGUCCCUGGAAAUCCUGAAGCAAGGCGCCGAGGGGCGUCUAUACCUGGGCGAUUUCAAGGGCGAGUCCUGCCUGAUCAAGGAGCGGUUUGUAAAGAAGUACCGCCACCCCGAGCUGGACACACAGAUCACGCGGCAGCGGAUGAAGGCCGAAGCAAAGGCGGCAAGCCGUUGCUUGGCUGCCGGUAUCCUGGCCCCGAAGAUCCUUCACUCGGACCUCAACACCCACAAGCUGUACAUGGAGUACUUUGACAAGGCAACAACUGCCAAGCUGUUUAUACAACGGACAUGGGCGGCAAAUUUGGAGGAAGAGGCGAAGCCGACGCUGCAGGAGCUCUGCUCGCGAAUUGGAACUAUAGUCGGCAAGAUGCACUCGAACCACAUCAUACACGGCGACCUGACCACCUCGAACCUGCUCAUCAACCCGACGGCCCACGACUACGACAUUAUCGUUAUUGAUUUCGGACUGAGCCACUACAGUCAGGCCACCGAGGACAAGGGCGUCGAUCUGUACGUUCUGGAGCGCGCUCUGCUCAGCACCCACAGCCAGCAGCCCUUCCUGUUCGAGCACAUCCUGGCGGCGUAUCGGAAGGAGUGCGGCAAAGACGAGGAGGCUGUGCUGUCCAAGUUCGAGGAGGUGAGAGCAAGGGGACGCAAGCGCACAAUGAUUGGUUAACAAAUAAUAAACUUUAAUGGGCGUGUUA